AUGCUUGCUCUUCCACCUCCUCCUUUGCAUCCAACCACAAGUGAAACCAAACAAGUCCCUCUAGACCAAAUUGUCAUAUCAAAUGAAGCAAAAUUUUCAACCACAACAAAGUUAAGAAGGCCAACAAACCUAAGACAACUUAGGUUUCAAAGAACCAAUCCAAUAAUAUGGUUUGGAGCAAUAUUGUGUCUCAUAUUCAGCCUUGUACUAAUUUUCUUUGGUGUCACAACUUUGAUAAUCUUCUUAGCCAUCAAACCGAAAAACCCUACAUUUGACAUACCUAAUGCGAAUCUCAAUCUUGUAUACUUUGACUCACCUCAAUAUUUCAACGGUGACUUCACUCUCCUUGCGAACUUCACUAACCCCAACACCAAAAUUGAUGUGAGGUUCGAGUCCUUGGACGUCGACCUUUUCUUUUCAGAUGCGAUCAUAUCAGCACAGUCGAUUCAACCUUUUACUCAAAGGAAAAAGGAAAGUAGGUUGCAAUCAUUGAACUUCAUAUCAAGCUUGGUGUUCUUGCCUAAGGAUCUUGGUGUGAAACUUCAAAGGCAAGUGGAGAGUAACCAGAUUGUUUACAAUGUAAGAGGAACAUUUAAAGUUAGAGUAAACUUUGGACUUUUUCAUUUGUCUUAUAUGUUGCAUAGUAGAUGUCAGAUGGUGUUGACUAGUCCACCAAAUGGUGUCUUGGUAGCAAGAAAGUGCAUCACAAAGAGAUGA